AUGUCGGUACAAGAACUCAGACAGAAGGGCAAUGAAAAGUUCCAUAGCUCCAACUACCCGGGAGCUCUGAUUCUGUACACCGAAUGCAUCAACUUAGAUCCACAGGCCUUUGCCAUAUACUGCAACAGGGCGGCGACGUUGAUCAAGCUCGAUUGCAUGAAGGAGGCGGAAGAGGACUUGGUGAAAUCGCUGCAGAUCAACCCUGAAUACGUGCCGAGCCUGUGCAGACUCGGGUUUCUGUAUUUGUACGAGGGAAACACAGUCAAGUCGCUUGAAAACUACGUCAAGGCGGUCCAGGUGUGUGCGAAGGAGCCUCACCAGCUAGAUAGAUUUAAAGGCAGGCUCAAGGAGGCGGUGCGCUUGGCUGAAGGACGGGCCAAACAGCAGGGCUACUCGCAGGAGUAUAUCGACACGCUGAUCCCGGCAACUGUGAGAGCCACUUUGGACAACUACCGGGGAUUGGCCAGCGAAGGUGAGGGCCAGACCACCGUUGCCCCCAGACCCACGGCCCAGGGCGCGGAGCCAUCGCAGGGCAGACCGCGUGCGUUUGCAACGGCCAUCACCGGCACUCCUGCCUCGCUGGCUAGCUUGUUCGGACAAGCACAGGGCCCAGCAAGAACCGGCACUACUUCUGUGACGUUCGACACGAGACCGCAACCACGUGACGAGCCUGCCCAGGCAGAUAGGAUGGACGAGGACCCAGAGGUUGAGCUACGAGACGUGGAUGCCACACACCGCCAAAUACACGAGCGGGUGCAGAACUUCAUGCGGCAGCAGCAGGGCCAGCCGGUGCAGCCCAUCACGUUUGCAAGGAACCUGGCGUCCACCAUCACGUCGCAAUUCCAAAGUCAGCCUGCUGGCGGAAACCUGGCAGAGCAAAUAGCCCGUGGAAUUUCCACGUUCAUGGGACAGACACAGGAAGACCAGGCACAGCCGGCACAGCAGGCUCAGCAAGCGCAGCAGCCGCAAUUGUCAGACAACUUGCAUGGGAUGGGGGACGUUCCCGAAGACUUGGAUUGA